GCCAACGCGGACGGACGGACGGUGUGCGUUUUCUGCCCCAUUCGUUCGAGAGAUUCAGAUCAGCGGCUCUCUGCAGUAGCGAUUCUAGGAUUGGAUUGUUUGCUGUGUGUUUGAAGGUUUCUUUUUUUCCCCGUGCAAUGGUGAAACGAGAAAGAGAAAAACGGUGAAUAAAUACCAGCUUUUCCUCAUGGUUGUUUAUUUCAAUCUAAACCCGCAACCGUCAGUGUAGUUCGUCGGAAGAAUCUGAUAGUUUUUUUUCCUUACUGCUGUGGUUCUCGCAAGUGAAAAGAAGGGUGCGCCGGAGCGAGAAGAAAAUAGAAGGGGGAAUCGAAGCAUUAGUGGAAAUCGUGAGAAGCCAAGAAGAGCAUAGAGCAUAGCGUAUAGUGAAUAUAAAAUGUGUUCACAUGAUGAGGAGAAAAAAAAUAGGAAAGCAGUGAAAUCGUAGUGCUUUUCGAUUUGUUAUAUGUUUGUUAAUGUGCUAGGUAAAGCUUUUUUCGGCAAUCCGACACUGCCAGUGUGAACAAUUAUCAUAGUUAAGGGCAAGCAUCCUGUGUUCAAUUUCAAUUGUAUUACGAAUAACGAGAAACUAGAUUUAAUGUGAGUUUAUUAUUCUGGGCAAAAAAAAAAAUCGAAAAGUGAAGAAAGUUCUCUUAGUAAAAUAAAGUAGAAUUUCUCGUAUAUUAUUGAUUGCAAAUGUUGUUCAACUACACUGCCAUUAUCAAUCAUCGUGUGCGUAUUGCUCGUAUCUUCCGAAAGUGAAUUCGUGUUCGUUCUACACGGCCAUCCACUUCGGUACAGCUACAGCCAUUGAUAGAAGCAGCAGACUCUCGUCUGCCCACCCCACCGAAGCAUUGGAGAAUGGAAUAAAAGUACAUGUGCUUGAGUGAGAAAGAGAGUGAUUCAAGCGCAGGGUUGUACCGGAAGUUGUUGAGAAUUUUAUUGAAGAAUUCGGAUGAAAGACCGCUACUGCUCCGGGUUAUCUAUAGUCAAACAAAAAUCGCUGCCAUUAAUACAGAAUUGUUCAAUUAUACCGUCUAAGUGUGUACUUCCAAACUAGUGUGAGAUAACUUGAAACUGCCAUUUAGUAUAGUGUAUUGUGAGUGUUUAUACUGAUAUGCGAGAGAAAUUUUAGUAGUAAAACUCACUAGUGUCAAGAACAAUUUUACUCCAACGAACUUUGAAAAGGUCGAUAAAAUCGUUCCAGCAAUUGCUGUACGUCUGUCCGGACUUUACGCGUGCCAAUGAAGUUCACCUGCGUCUCGGGCUUAUGCUCAAAGUGAAUGGAGACUACGAGCGAUCGCUGAAGCACCUGCAACUCGCCCAUUCCGACUCGUCGCCGUGCACCUUUGGCAAACUUGAGAUUCGCUUCCACAUCGCGCAUCUGUAUGAAGUACAGAACAAAUUUAAAGCAGCAAAGGAAGCAUACGAACAGCUACUCGGAGACAAACAGCUGACACUAGCGCUGAAGGCCGACAUCUGCCGCCAGCUAGGAUGGUUGUAUCACAGUUUUGAAACGCUCGGUGAGAAGGCACAACGGGAACGUUUUGCUAUUCAUUUUCUGCAAAAAUCAAUCGACGCUGAACCAAAAUCAGGCCAGACGUUGUACUUGCUAGGAAGGUGCUUUGCUGGAAUCAACAAGGUGCAUGACGCCUUCAUAGCCUAUCGCAAUUCGGUCGAAAAAAGCGAAGGCAAUGCCGAUACUUGGUGCUCCAUCGGUGUACUUUACCAGCAGCAAAAUCAGCCUAUGGAUGCGUUGCAAGCCUAUAUCUGUGCUGUGCAACUAGAUAAAUCUCACUCGGCUGCCUGGACCAAUUUGGGUAUUUUGUACGAAAGCUGUAAUCAACCGCGAGACGCCUAUGCCUGCUAUCUAAAUGCUACAAAGAAUACGGACGGACAGCAAUCGACAGUAGUGUCAGCCUUAUCCACUGCCAGCAGUGCCAAUGCUUCUAAUACAUCAGGAACAGUAACAACAGGAAACACCUCUACCAGUAACACCACCUCAACAGGCUCCAACGCGGCAGGUACACCGGUAACCGCUGCCACGCCAGGACGUAGUGGAACGAGUCUUUCGGAGUCGACAAUUGCCACGAACAGUUCGGCUAAGCCUCAGAACCUAGCGCAAAGGAUUAAAUUUCUUCAACAGCAUUUGGCACACGCACCUAUGCCUAGUAUUACCUCUAAACGGCGGCAGCUACCGUCGAUCGAGGAAGCGUGGAAUUUACCAAUCUCGAACGAAAUGAGCUCCCGUCAGCAGCAGCAAACCGCCGCAGCCCAAGCGCAGCAGAGACAGUAUCAGAAGGGUUAUGCACAGGGUAAUCAGAUUGCCCAGUUUCAGAGCAAUAAUACCGUUGCGGUUGGCAAACGCUUUAAACAGGAAGAUGGGCAGGUGGUACGACCCGGCCAGGUGCCGAACUAUCUUAAUCAACAGCAACUACAAAUGCUACAGUAUCUGCAGCAAAAUCAAGCCAGUUUAAAUGCCCAACAGCAGAAUUUGCUGCAACAGUAUGCCCACCAGUAUCGACUGAUGCAGCAGCAUCAACAGCAGCUUCGCCUGCAGCAACAGCAGCGAAAUCAGCUCGUUCAACAACAGCAGCAGCAGCAACAACAACCUGGAGCUGCAACAUUCCAAGGUCAAGGGUCACUUACAGUUGUAUCUAGUGGUUAUGGACAACCACAACCAGGUCAGCCACAACUAAUGGGAGGUAACGGUGGUUUCUCUUCCGUACCCAAUGCGGGGCAAUCCUUUAAAACAACCACCGGAACGUAUGCCGGCGUUGGAAGUUUUCAAAAUCAUUCCAAUACUGCAGCGUUUACGCAGCUUGCUAGCACCAACCAGGCGGAUCUUGAUCAAGAACUGCAAGCCCUGCUUUCGUCCAAGGACGACACUGCUACUUUUGCAGAAACGCUUCUGAAGCAAUUUGGUUCGGACGAUCUAGAUAUCAAAGAUAUAAAACCGAUGGACCAGCAAUCGAUUAAUGCAGCUGCGGUUGAUUCCACUAGAUCGGAUAGCGUAAAAUCACCUGCCAUUAAAACAGAAUCUGCUUCGUCCACCGGAGGAGGAUCGGCAGCAACGGCGGCAGCCGCAGCCAAGCGGCAUCUGCUUGCGAAACAUGACAUUAAACUUGAGCCGGUCAUAAAAAUCGAGAAACUGUCUGAGCCCAAUCUGAAACCGGGCUUUAGCAUUGACAUGACGGCCAAGGAGCUUCUGCAGGCGGUUAAAAAGUCUGACCUAAAGGAUGUUCCCGCAAUCAGCUCUACAAUGCAACAGGACGCUCCGCCUCCCUCUCCGCCCGAAGUACCACCGCAGCGGUUGACCCGCGAACAAUUGCAACCUCCCACACCAUCCGUUUUCCUAGAAAAUAAAAAGCACGCCUACAGUCCACAGCUGCAGGAGUUCUGUCUUAAACAUCCGAUCGCCGUUGUACGACAGCUCGGGGCAGCCCUCAAGCUAGAUUUGGGAUUAUUCUCCACCAAGACGCUGGUCGAAGCCAAUCCCGAUCACAGCAUCGAGGUGCGAACGCAGGUUCACCAGUCUGCCGACGAAAACUGGGAUCAAUCGAUGAAGUCGAAAGUUUGGGCAUGCAUCUCCCAUCGGUCCCAUACGACCAUAGCCAAGUACGCGCAGUACCAGGCAUCCAGUUUUUCGGAUAAGAUCAAGGAGGAACGCGACAAAUUGGCGGGCAUCCCACUAACAAACUCGGAUUCCGACUCGAAGGAUUCAUUGACGAACAGUACCGGGCCCGGGUCGGGUAAUGGCAAACGGAAGAAGUGCAAAAACAGUAAUAAAAUGCUUCGUUUCGGUACCAACGUGGACCUCUCGGACGAGCGGAAGUGGAAAACACAGUUGACCGAACUGCAAAAGCUGCCUCCCUUUGCGAGAGUUGUGUCCGCUGCAAACAUGUUAUCCCACGUGGGUCAUAUGAUUCUCGGCAUGAAUACGGUCCAGCUGUAUAUGAAAGUGCCGGGAAGUAGGACGCCCGGUCACCAGGAAAAUAAUAAUUUCUGUUCGAUCAAUAUUAACAUUGGCCCUGGUGAUUGUGAGUGGUUCGCAACACCCGAUUCGUACUGGGGUGGGAUUCAGGCACUCUGCGAGAAGAAUAAUAUUAACUACCUGCACGGAUCCUGGUGGCCAGCACUGGAGGAUCUUUACGCAGAGAAUAUUCCGGUUUAUCGGUUUACCCAACGACCGGGAGAUUUAGUUUGGGUUAACGCUGGAUGUGUUCAUUGGGUGCAAGCGAUCGGUUGGUGCAACAAUAUCGCAUGGAAUGUUGGACCACUCACCGCCCGGCAGUACCAACUGGCGGUCGAACGGUACGAGUGGAACAAGCUGGAAAAUUACAAGAGCAUCGUACCGAUGGUGCAUCUUAGUUGGAAUCUUGCCCGCAAUAUCAAGGUUGCCGAUCAGAAGAUGUUUGAUCUCAUCAAAACCUGUCUGAUGCAAACGAUGAAACAUUGUAUGCAAGUACUCGAGUAUGUUAAAACUAAAGGCAUUGAAGUUCGGUUUCAUGGACGUGGAAAGAACGAGGCGUCUCACUACUGCGGACAGUGUGAAGUCGAAGUGUUCAACAUCCUGUUCAUCCGCGAACAGGAGAAGCGGCACGUGGUCCACUGUAUGGGCUGUGCACGGAAGCAAGCUCCUUCGUUGCAGGGUUUCGUUUGCCUGGAGGAGUACAAGCUGGCCGAGCUGAUGCAAGUUUACGAUGCAUUCGUACUGCACUCGGCACCGCCACCACCAAUUCAGCCACCGAUGGCCCCGUCGCAAUCGCCCCAAUUGCAACAAUCGUCGGUCUCCUCGUCGUCUGCUACUCAGUUGGUCGCAUCGUCGUCAUCCGCAGUCACCAUCAGUUCGUCUUCGUCCAGCUCGUCGAUCGGUGCCAUGGCCAUCACCAGUUUACCGUCGGGCAGUGCUAGCAGCAGCAGUAGUAGUGGCGGCAGCGGAUUAGGACAAACUGCGACGGCGAUACCGCUCCAGCUGUCGUGAAAGGACACGAAUUGUGAAGGGUCCUGGGUUGAUGAUGGCUUUGUUCGUUUGUAACUUUCAAGAGUUUAUUUGAGAUCAAAAUCUAUAUUCGGUUUAGUUCAAUUCUAUGACUUUUUUGUUCUAUAUUUCAUUGCCUCUUUUGGACACAGAAGAACACGAAAGAGAAGCUCAACUGAAAGACUUAAUCGAACCCUUCCAAGAAAAUGAAAAUAAGUCGAAGUUUUGUGAAUAUGGAUCUACUUUAUUGUACAUAUCUAAGUAUCGAAAGUUUUAUUCUAGGAUUACAACAGUUGUUUGAGGUCCUCAACUCGAACGAAACACGUAAUUAUUUAUGCAACCGAUCACUGCUUUACUAGUUGUACGACUGGCUAACGAUAGGAAUCGAAUUUCCGGCGCGAAUCAGAAUUAUACAGAAUAAUGAUUCUACAGGAAACCACAGAAUUUGUCAUAACUCUAAGUAGUUUAAUUUAUUUCUUAGCUGAGCUAGGGCAGACAAAGGAAAGGGGUGUGAGAUUUCAGGAUCUUCGAGUUUUUUUUAAUAACUUCCUACAACAGUUAGAAAAUAGAAAACAGCCUCCGUUGGCGUGGCCGACCGGUCGUCAAAAAAAAAAAAAAAACGUAACAAACCGCAGAGAACAAGCUCGAAUACGCGAAUAAACCAGAGUGAACAGAUGCAACUGCAGUAGCUUUUCAUAUUUUCGAACCGUAUUGUGACACACAGCUAGAAACAACAAAAACAAAAACAGACGAACAUUUCGAAAAGUAAUAGAUUUUUAUACAGGAAUGAAAACACGCGAAACAAAAAAAAAAACAAUCCUCAGGAAAUUUAAGAAAGCCGUUUAAAUCAAAGGGAAAUAGUAGUCGAAGAAAUAAGUUAACAUUUUGAAACAGAAACUCACACAUUUUCUCUUAGAAAACAGACACAGUGAAGUAAAAAAGUAAUAAUAAAAACAUCCAAAAAAGAGAAAGUAUAUUUUUCUAACCAUCAGCUAACGAAAGUUGUACUCGUACUUCACGCAGAACCUUUUGCUCUAGGAGUGAGAAGCGCGCUAGUUGCGACAAAACGGAGUCUUUAGGCGUGUAAGAAUGAUGUUAUUGGUUUAGCUCUCCGCGGUAGAAUCGCUCAGAGUUGAGUUGAAAGAAUGGUACCACCGGUUAAGUUAGGAUAAAAAAUUACUAAGUUUGCAAAUUCAAGGUCAUUUAAUAUUUUUUUGAGUUGCAAAAAAAAUUCAUAUUUAAUUUUUGGUCGGUACAGUUUUGGGUUACAGAAAAAAAAACCGAUCCGAACACAAUUUGAUCAAAAAACAAGAAUGUAACACAAGGUAAUGAUCUCAUAUACGUUGGAUAAUUUUGAGGAAAAUAAUCAAAGGAAAUCUUCAGCGCAGGGAGAGCAAACCGUUUUGGUUACACGUUCAAAACGAGUGAUCGACGAUGAGUUUUUUAGUUAGAACAAUUCAGCGAUUCGUUACGGUAAAUUAAAUUGGUGGUGUCGUCUAAACAAAAUGGCAGGUCACACGAAUGGAACCCCGUUGCAGCAACGCCGUUGGCGAGCGGAAGUUAUUCGAUGAUAAUCCCUAAGGUGCUUUAGUUUGGACUAAGAUUUAGUUUAACGCGCAUGGGUGUGUGUGUAUGUACAGUGAACGGGAAAUGGUUACUUGUACUGAAGUACUAGAUUGGAUGCUUAAUACUAUGUCAUAGCCAGUUAGGAAUGGUCUAUGUGAACUAGACGCUAUACUAGAGCUAAGCAGAUAGUGUUGGUAGGCAAAUGAAUGGUUUGCCGAGAAAUUUCAUUUUUUGAAAUACCAACACGCGUAGUAAGAUUUUGAAAAAAAAAAAAGGUUAGACCAAUUGUGUUUCAUAGUGAAAAGAGUACUCCGCAAGUCGAAGUUCUCAAUAUGGGAAAGGUUAGCUCCUAGAUGUGUUAGUCUAUUAGUGUAGUUAAGUUUAGUAUGACGAGAGAAAGUAAAGUAAUCCGUAGCGCCAGCAGGUUUAGGCAAAAGAAUGAUCAUCACUCCCCUGCACAGAAUCAGCAUUACACAUAUUCUCACGUACAUGUCAUUUCUACCAUACCCGAACGAAACACACAACAAGCAGCGGGAGAUUCCGGAAAGUCAUGUUUUUUUCUUAGAAAUUCAACCAAAAAAAAUUCGCUUUUCAAAAUUUAUAUCUUUUCAAAAUUGCACACAAACGUUGAAACUACGAAGCAAAAGUGAAUGGAGAAAGCUUUUCCUCUCGAAGUAAGUUGUAUAAAGCAUGUUUGAGAGAACAAACACUAUCGUAAAUAAGGAAUGACCAGUAUAUCACUGCCAAUUAAAACUGAGUUGAUUUCUGCAUUUCGUGCCGUAUCGAUGGUGGAAGGAAGUGUGAAAUCGUUUCGCUCUCCGAAUGGGUGAAUGAAGACACUAGAACGAACGAGAGAGAAUGAGCUGGGAGGCGUAGCAAAAGAAGAUGAUGAAAACUGUACAGCAAAGGAAUGAGUAGCAACACUUGUAAAAAAAAUUGAUUAUUACCCAAUUUAUUCUUAUUAUUAAUUAUCACGAAUACUAAUUGGAACAAAUCUUAAUCGACAGUCGCUUUUAAGGAACCUAUACUAAAAUCUAUUUAAAUGAGAACCAAGAUUGACCUAAAAAGCUAUAAAUAAAUUGAAUAAAGAAAAACAUGUCUUUCAACAUAAUUAUUAAGGGGAACAUUGCAGGAUUUUCAUAAUCACACAAACCCACAAUCACACUAGAACACACGACGAGCGCGCGAGCGUAAUGAGAAAACAUGGUAGCCUCUCGCAAGCAGUAAGGCUACUGGAUCCAUUCAGUUUUGACCCUUGAGAUACAAACAGAACCUCCAGAAAGCGAAACAAAACAAAAAAAACUCAUUCAUCAACCUCAUUAAACGUUGCUUUCCCUGCUGUAGAAAAUUGAUCCCCACCCACACACCGUCUCACACACGCUGGCAAGUCGUGCGCUGAUAAAAAUCCUUCUUUAGCCAAGAUCUUUUUGUUUGUUCUCGGUGUUUUUGCUGUUGUGACAAUGGGUUAGUUUUUCUUGUAUACUGUAAAUAUAGGACAAAUUACCUUUCGUGAAAGAAUAAAAAAUAACCAAUUGAAAACAAUACCUCAGAAAACAAAAAGAAGCAAGAGAAAUCAAUCCUGUAAAUAUAUUGAAAACGUCAUGAAACAGAAUAAAAAAAAAUGAAAAGCAUCAAUUGAAAAUAGUUUUGAACGUUUGACCGACGGUGUAACGAGAGAGAAAGGCAAAAUUUACGAGAAAAACUUCACAGCGUUGCAUUAACGGUUGGUUUACUAACCAAUCGGAGCAGUUUUAGAAUAUCAGCACACAAGAAGUGACAGAGUUGUAAUAAUCUUUUAUUUAAUAAUGCAAUUAUUUAUGGAAGGCAGCAAGCAAAAUCUGCGUUACUGUCGAUAGCACACUUACAGUAGUAGUAGACGUUGCGAAACAGAGUCCAAUGGAGAAUUCAAAGACGCCUCUACACGUUGGCGAGUUGUGUAAUAAAACGACACCAUUUUGGGUAAGAACAAUGUAUGCGGAAGAAAUCCGCAGUCGUACGAUAAUAUAAAUAUUAUUAAAUGCUAAGCUGGUAUAUUAUAAACUACUGUAUUUUUGCAAGAAUACACAUACUAGAAACGACGAAUCGCAGAGACGAAUGUACACUUUUUGUUUCGUGAAUCAAAUCGGCAAUAUAUUAUUGUAGUAAGAAUGAUAAAUUAAA